AGGGAAAUGAAACAGGGCGCGGUGGGUUGUAUCUUGCUACAUGUUGCUGUUAUUUCAGUUGGGUUCUUUAUUUGAUCUACUGUUAUUUAGGGUGUCAGCUGCAAAUAAACCGAGGACAGGAUGUACUUUGCAGCAGUUGCACAAGUUGCAGGCUAACUAAUGGCGUCGGCUGGUAUGGAAUGCUGCGAGUUGGUGGGUCUUAUGGGAGAUGUAGCAUACCAGCGUUGCAGAUUAUUGCUUCAGGAACUACGCAAGCUACACCCGAUCUUCGUGUCACCUCUAGAAGGGAUGAUGGAAGUCGAGUACCUUGAAUAUUUACAGAACCAACAAGACAAAAUACCCAAGAGCAAGCGUGCGGAGUUGCAGCGAACGUCUGGGCCGAUCAUUCUGCUGUUGGAUUCGUCAAACGACAUGCUGGACGGAGAAGAGGAGCUGCUUGAUUUUGCUAUGGAGCGGACGCAGCUAUCGAAAAACGAAUUGCUAGCUGCUGCUGCGUUCGGAGGUGUUGUGGCUGUCGGCAAUGAAGGGGGAAGUGACAGCUCCAGGACAGACUAUGUUGAAAAAUUAGCACUAGCAGAGGAAACGUUGGAGACAAAGGCGGAGGAAGCAGCUCAGCAGGCCCUGACACGCUAUCGUGAACAAUCAGGCCAUGAGUAUGCUUUCUUGAUUUUUGAGGUCGAUGGUGUGGCGCUGCCCCGAGUAGAACUCGAGCUAUUUCACGGUGUGUGUCCCAAGACUUGCAAGAAUUUCUUGGCAUUGUGUGAGCACAAGGUCCCUGAUUUAAGCGACGAAACUCAACAAUUGGGCUACCAGGGUAACCAAGUACACCGUGUAGUGCGUGGUGGCUGGAUUCAAGCAGGGGAUGUGGCUGGCAAUGGCCGAGGAGACGGACCUUGUCGAUCUCUUUAUGGUCUGGAGUUCCCAGACGAAAGCUUUGCUGUUUCACACAAUGCAGCAGGCAUUCUUUCUAUGGCAAACACGGGUCCACACACAAAUGGCUCGCAGUUCUUCAUCACCCUCGCGCCACAACCAUGGCUUGAUCGUCGUAAAGUGGCAUUUGGUCGAGUGGUGAGUGGUUGGCGCACUAUCAUGACUAUCGGGGGUCUAGAAACUCGGCAAGAGCGACCUUGUGUGCCCUGCACCAUUGUCGAUAGCGGAAGACUUCAAUGAUAGGGAACACUCCAUACAACAAGUUCUUGAUGAAUAAAUAGUGCUUGCUACUUCACUUAGAAAUUUUAAAGUAG